UCUUUCUUUUGGCAGUGUGCACCCUUGACUCCAUAUCAGCAGCAUGGAAACCAUCCAAGAGCUAAUUCCCUUUGCCAAAGAGAUGCUCAGCCAGAAACCCAACAGGAAAAUGGUGAAAAUCUACGUGUUGGGCAGCGUGCUGGCCUUUUUUGGGGUGGUCAUCGGACUGGUCGAAACGGUGUGCAGCCCAUUUGCGGGUCGCGAUAAUGAAGAGGAAGAACAGAGGAGGUCUCCGGCCCCUCUGCCAGCACCAGUUCCCGUGCCAAAAAAGGAAGAAGUUAUUCUGGAGAAAAGCAAACCACAGGCUCUUGGGGCAAGAAGUGUGGCUAACAGGGGACAUGCAUCAUAGUCACUUGGACUUUGAAAAUAGACUUGAGAACUGCAGAGUGUGAUUUGCAUUGCAUGUGAAGAGAAUGCAAGAGAUUACCCAUGUAUGUGGCUGUGUAAAGGUGUUCCAGUGUUCUGGACUGAUGUCUACUUAUUGCUGCUGUGCAGCAGUGCAAAUACUCCUGGGUUAUACCCAUGCGAUGGUACGAUGUGUGCCAGUCAACCAUAUUAACCCAAAAGAUUUUAUAACGCAAAUACCUAUAUUUUAUGCAUUUUAAAUAAAUAUUUUAUUUUAUUAUACAAAA